UCCCACUUCGCUAUUAGCAUUAAUUUACUUGUCUCAUGUUGCUUUACUUGACUCUGCCUCUCUAGCUCUCCGUCUUCCCCUCUCCCUAACCCACACUGAAGGUGAAUAGCAUUCACGAAGGACGCAUACUGAUCGAGUUUAUAGACUUUAUUUCUAUGCCUAGUCAUUGCUGAAAUUGUCUAUCAAGAACCGAACUUUGAAGGGCAUCUUUUGCUUGAUUGCAGCUGUGCAAAACCCAAGAUUCUUCCUUUGUUCGUUGCUUCUAAGGAUUUAGCUGUGAGCCCAUAAUUUUUUUUCCUCGGUUAAAGCAGGAGGAAGAGGCCUAAUGGAGGCAGAAAAUGGAGAUGGCCAAUCCCGGUUGGAAGAAUAUGAAGUAAUGGAGCAGAUUGGCAGAGGAGCUUUUGGAGCAGCAUUUCUUGUUUUGCAUAAAAUUGAGAAAAAGAAGUAUGUUCUGAAAAAAAUUCGUUUGGAAAAGCAGACGGAGAAGUUCAAGAAUACAGCACAUCAGGAGAUGAAUUUGAUUGCUAAACUGAAUCAUCCCUACAUUGUGGAGUACAAAGAUGCUUGGGUAGACAAGGGUUGCUUCAUAUGCAUCGUCACCAACUAUUGUGAAGGUGGAGACAUGGCUGAGAUUAUCCGGAGAGCUCGAGGAGCACUUUUUCCAGAGGAGAAACUCUGCAAAUGGCUGACUCAGCUUUUACUGGCUUUGGACUAUUUGCAUUCCAAUCGCGUCCUGCAUAGGGAUCUUAAGUUAUCAAACAUAUUCCUGACAAAGGAGAAUAAUAUCCGUCUUGGUGACUUUGGAUUGGCAAAACUGCUUGAUGAAGAAGGCCUGGCUUCCUCGGUCGUUGGUACUCCAAACUACAUGUGCCCUGAGCUCCUCACUGAUAUACCUUAUGGCUACAAAUCUGAUAUAUGGUCACUUGGUUGCUGUAUGUUUGAGAUUGCUGCUCAUCAAGCUGCAUUUAGAGCUCCUGACAUGACUGGACUUAUUAACAAGAUCAACAGAUCUGCCAUUUCUCCGCUACCUAUAGUUUACUCCUCCACGCUGAAACAGAUUAUCAAAACCAUGCUCAGGAAGAGUCCCGAACAUAGACCCACUGCUGCAGAAUUAUUAAGACAUCCCCAUUUGCAACCUUACCUCCUGCGGUGUCACAACCCACCACCUGUCUUUGUUCCUGUGAAGUCUCCGACUAACACCAAAGAGAAAGCUACAAAAUCCUCGCCCAGAAAAUCUAGUGGUGGUAAAAGUAGCGGGGACCGAGUGGUUAAAGUAAAAGAGAGGGGCCGAGUCCUGCCAUUUGAUGAGCAUACUGAUCUGCAGCCCAGAAAUGUGCUGGAUACUAAAAAGCCAGUUAAGGAAAAACUUGAGACUAAGCGAGUUGAUCCAACUAGCUAUUCUGCAAAGAUCUCCAAUGAUAUGGAUGAUUCAAAAAGUGGGGACACAACUUGCGAAACCAUUGUUUGCAAUGGCGAUUAUCAGGAGAAUUCCGACUCUUCAUCACAUAAAGAAAGCAUCAACACCGCAAACUCUUCUUGGUUACUAUCAAAUUCUCAGCCAGAAGAGCAAGAAAAGGCUGCUUCUGAGCAUAUUUUACAGUUUGAUGAGGGCGAGACGGAUUGUGUAAGAAUUGAAGAUUGGGAGACACUGGACAGUCAACAUGUCAACGAGGAACCUGUAAAUCGGUUAGAGGACCCUAUUUUCGAAAGGGGCGGUAGAUUGUCAGUAUCCAGUGCAACCCAUAGUGAUAAAGCUGCAUCUCUCGACAAAGAGGAUAUUUUCACAGAAGAGACUGCACCAGGAUGUGUAGGAGAUGCAGAGAGAAGCUCUCAGACAGACAAAAUCGAAAAUGCCGGUGCAUGUGCAGGAGUUCCAUUUGACAAUGUAACAAGUGAGAGUAAUGACACAAAUCCUGCUAAGCCUGAGACAGAAAUUAAAGCAGAUACAAUUGAGCGUUUAAUGCAGCCCAAGAAAGAAAGCAAUGAUGUAAAGAGUAAGGUAUUAGAUGACAUUUUAUUGCUGAAGACACUAGCUGCAAAUGGUAGCGAUGAGAGCAAGAAUGAAUGGGAGAAUCCGAGCCGACAAAGAGCUGAUGCCUUAGAAUCCCUGCUGGAGCUAUGCGCCCGGCUGCUUAAGCAAGACAAACUCGAUGAGCUUACUGGUGUUCUGAAACCAUUUGGUGAAGAUGCAGUCUCAUCCCGCGAAACAGCGAUAUGGUUGACAAAAAGCCUCAUGAAUGCACAAAAAUUAGCUAAAGGAUCCUGAUCCUUUUUUUUUUUUUUUUCUGUUUUAAUGACAGUUGGAGAUUUUAGAUUUUUUAAGCUUCUAGUAAGUUGCUGUAAAAAGAGUGGUGCAUUUGCUGAGUUGCUAACAUAGACUGUUGUGUUUCUUGAAGAGUCUUGUUCCAACUUCCAUGAAGUUCUUGAGGAUUGCAUUUGAAGACCAACUUGUUUAGCGGUUUUUUUUUUUUCUGUUUCUUGUGGAUGACUUUUUGGAUUGAGGACCUUCAGCAUUUUUGUCAAUGAGCUUCACUUUCAAAACUACUAUUGUACUUAAAAAGUUCAUUGGUAUGCAGUUUGUGUUGUUUU